AACAAACGUUUCAGAGAUGGACAAUGAGUUUUUUUUUGUAAAAAAUCAAGAAUCUUCAAGUACACUAGGUGAUAAGAAUAUAGCUGUUCCUGGAGUUUCUAAGUCAACAAGUUCUUCAUCAUCUUCAAGCAGCUGUUGUAGUAGGUGUUCUAGUAGGUCUUCCAGUAGUAGUAGCUCUUCUUCGUCCUCUGAAGAUUGUGAAGACAUAAUUAACGAUCAUAACUAUGUACCAAAGAGUGAUGAAGAAUUAGAAGAGUGUGAUAAAGAAAACCACGACGACGGUAAUAAUGAGCCUAAUCAAACCUUAUCAGCAAACCAAGACAUUCCUAUUCUUGUUACACCCCCAAAGAAAGGCAAGAAACGUCAACGGAAUACUAAAAACUGGAAGAGAAAUCUUACAAAAAAAAAUGAGAAGUUGUGGUGAA